AAUUAAGUGUGGAUCGUGAGGUGACCCUGCUGCUUACUUCCGGUUCCUAGGGAUGCGCAUCCGGGUCACACUAACACCGCGGUUUCCUGCGCUCUGUUGGUUCUACUCGGCUUCUGGGCCGGUCAGCUUGUCUUAUUGUGGGGCUUCUAUAGCCUUUGGAUUGUGAAGACUGCAGAAAGAGACUUGGAAUCCAGUCCCAUAAGUGUAAUAAAGAAAUACUGGUCUUCAUGGAAGAAGAACAAGAUUUACCAGAGCAACCAGUAAAAAAAGCCAAAAUGCAGGAAUCAGGAGAACAAACUUUAAGUCAAGUUAGCAGUCCGGAUGUCAGUGAUCAGAAACCUGAAACAUCAAGCCUUGCUUCAAACCUUACCAUAUCAGAGGAAAUUAUGACAUGCACCGAUUACAUCCCUCGCUCAUCCAAUGAUUAUACCUCACAAAUGUAUUCUGCAAAACCUUAUGCACAUAUCCUCUCAGUUCCUGUUUCGGAAACUGCUUACCCUGGGCAGACUCAGUACCAGACACUACAGCAGCCUCAACCCUAUGCUGUCUACCCUCAGGCAACACAAACGUAUGGACUACCUCCUUUUGGUGCGUUGUGGCCAGGUAUGAAACCCGAAAGUGGUUUAAUUCAGACUCCAUCUCCAGGUCAACACAGUGUUCUUACCUGCACGACAGGGUUAACCACAAGCCAGCCAAGCCCAGCACAUUAUUCUUACCCCAUUCAAGCUUCAAGUACUAAUGCCAGCCUGAUCUCCACUUCCUCCACAAUUGCCAAUAUUCCAGCAGCAGCAGUCGCCAGCAUCUCAAACCAGGAUUAUCCCACCUAUACUAUUCUUGGUCAGAAUCAAUACCAGGCCUGCUACCCCAGCUCCAGCUUUGGAGUCACAGGCCAGGCUAACAGUGAUGCUGAGAAUUCCACACUAGCAGCUUCCACCUACCAGGCAGAGAAGCCUAGUGUCAUGGUACCUGCACCAGCAGCACAGAGACUUUCCUCUGGAGACCCUUCUACAAGCCCGUCCUUAUCCCAGACUACACCAAGUAAAGAUACUGAUGAUCAGUCCAGGAAAAACAUGACUGGCAAGAACCGGGGCAAGAGGAAAGCUGAUGCCAGUUCUUCCCAGGACAGUGAAUUGGAACGGGUAUUUCUGUGGGACUUGGAUGAAACCAUCAUCAUCUUCCAUUCCCUUCUCACUGGAUCCUAUGCCCAGAAAUAUGGCAAGGACCCAACAGUAGUGAUUGGCUCAGGUUUAACAAUGGAAGAAAUGAUUUUUGAAGUGGCUGAUACACAUCUAUUUUUCAAUGACUUAGAGGAAUGUGACCAGGUACAUGUGGAAGAUGUGGCUUCAGAUGACAAUGGCCAAGACUUGAGCAACUAUAGUUUCUCAACAGAUGGUUUCAGUGGUUCUGGCGGCAGCAGUAGCCAUGGCUCUUCAGUUGGUGUCCAGGGCGGAGUGGACUGGAUGAGAAAACUAGCUUUCCGUUACCGAAAAGUGAGAGAGAUCUAUGAUAAACACAAGAGCAAUGUGGGUGGCCUCCUCAGUCCCCAGAGAAAGGAAGCACUGCAGAGAUUAAGAGCAGAAAUAGAAGUUUUAACAGAUUCAUGGUUAGGAACUGCAUUAAAAUCCUUACUUCUGAUCCAGUCCAGGAAGAAUUGUGUGAAUGUUCUGAUCACUACCACCCAACUGGUUCCAGCCCUGGCCAAAGUUCUCCUCUAUGGACUAGGAGAAAUAUUUCCUAUUGAAAACAUCUAUAGUGCUACCAAAAUUGGUAAAGAGAGCUGCUUUGAGAGAAUUGUGUCAAGGUUUGGAAAAAAAGUUACAUAUGUAGUGAUUGGAGAUGGGCGAGAUGAAGAAAUUGCAGCCAAACAGCACAACAUGCCUUUCUGGAGGAUCACAAACCACGGAGACCUAGUGUCUCUUCACCAGGCUUUGGAGCUUGAUUUUCUCUAAGAACUGGAAUGAAGGGCCUUCCUCGUGAGCUCCUUUUUACUCCUGAAGGGAGCCAGAGGCCAAAUCCACCUGGGAACUUGGAACAUUUUCCCCCGCCCUUUCCUCUCCCUCUUUCUCUCACCUACCCCCUUUGCCCACUUCUUUCUGUCCAUGGAAUGCUGGCGAGAACACAAUCAGAACCAACGCUACCAUUUUUGCUAAGAGUGAACUGCAGCCUGGUGUUCGUCUUUGUACAGAAGCAGGCAACAUUGGAAUAGAGACAACAGUAGACUUACUGCAACUACAGUGCUUUUAAUUCUUCUGUUUUGUUUCCAAAAAGUGAAGAAAAAGAAAAGGCAAUUCUUGGGGCAGAGUUGGACUCUUAGUCUGUGGCCAAUCUGAGUGCUCUCUUAACUGAUGAUGGUAGGGGAAAUGCAGUAGAGUUUUAUGUCUGUCUCCUGCAGUCUUUUGAGAUCUCCUUAGCUACAGAACUUUUUUCAAGGAAUGUGUAUGUUAUUUUUAUAAGUAAGGUCUGGUCUCGAAAGCAAGUUUUCCCCACUUUUCUGUUUUUAGGAAGAAAAAGGCAUAGAAAGUUUCUGUGGAAAUAGUAAAUGAAAUAUUGGAAAUACCUCUCUGUGGCCACAGCACCUCCUUAGUUGCUCCAGUGGUCUGCUUUCUCGAAUGUUCCCUUCCGCUUGUGGGGCACUGGACACUGAUAAACUUCAAACUUUGGCAGUUCCUAUCCUAGAAGCCUUAGUCCCCUUGCCAGUCCCUCUUCCCCUUUAACCAACAAUACAUCCUUGGAAACUCCUUUUAAAUGCUUUCAGCGUGACUCUUCAUUCAGAGACUAUGUUCCAGGAGGCUUCACCUCCAAACUGGAAAGGCCUUGGGCUUCUUAGGAAUUUCAGGAUUUUUGGCUUUUGAGUCAGGAAGAUUCUGCCUGUUCCUCCUGCAGAGAAGCACCCUUCCCCACUAUAAGCUCACCCUGCAGCCUCUUUCCUAGAAGAUGCUGUCCUCUGACCUCAGCUCUGGGCACUCCCUGCCCAAGGAGUCAAAGUAAAGUCUAAUGACAGGCUUCUUACUACUUCCUUUGAGGAAGCCCUUCAGCCACAUGAUGGGUACCCUAGGCAUCGCAUUACCCAGCUCUCUGCCUGGAAGUGGAGUGCAGAUUGCUCUAAUCAAAAACCAGUUCCCCAUAAAACACCUUACUCCUCAACUCCCAUUUGGCAAUGGGAAGGGCAGAACUCUUGAUUUAAAUAAGGGUGCUGGCUCCCUUUAUGCCCCCUGGGAAGUUGGGUGGAGGCGAGGGCCCUUGUCUCAACUGCCUAUCCUAUCCCUGUGUGCCGGUUGCCUGAUCCCUCCAGGAACAUCCCAGGCACCUGCUUAGGCAAGAUAGAGCUCCUCAGGCUGAGGCACUGUAUCUCCCAGAUACACAGAGAGGCUGCUGUGUGAGUGCCUCAGAGAUGCAGCUUUGGUUGUCAAUGAGAACGAGCUCCUUGAUCAACCCCUGUUCUAACUGCUUAUCCCCAAAGAGGUGGCUGCACAGGGCAAGCGAGGUCAUCCAUAUAGCAAUAGAAGCUGGUGCAGACAUUUCUUUCAGAGCUGAAGGGAAAGUGCCUCAUGACUCAUAGUUUAAGAGAAAUGUUUUGGGAGAGGAGCUGAAAUUGGCGUGCAUCCUUAGCCACCACUUUGGCCCUGUUCCCAGGUGAGAUGAGAUGGAAGGAGGAGUCUGAGGCAGACCCACCAGGUCUUAGCAGCUCUGGAUGGAUUUUACUUUCAUUCCUCAGAUCCACCCCAUAUCCAGCAUCGCUAUUUCUUACCUUGGACGAAGGCCAUCUGUUGGUCCUGGACUAUGGGCUAGUACCCCGCACAUGUGCAUGUCCUGCACAUACACACACACACAAACACACUUUCCCUGCCUGCAGCAAAGAAAUACGACUUGGACUCCUGUUCAUGGCCUUUUUCCUCUUGCCCUGACUUCUCAGCUUAGCUCUUUCUUCAAAAGGGACUUAAACUUGGCAAGGAGACUUAAGUAGCCUGUGUUCAUUCUGAUAGCUGCCACUCUCAGAGGGCAAACAGUGGGAGCUUCCUGGCUCUAUCCUAGGUAUCUGUCCAGGGAAAGCGGCCCUUCUCACCACCUUCUCCUUCCUGGCAGAGACACCUAGAAGGACGAUGAGUGGGUAACAUCAAGAGCUGUUGGAAGCUGUGGCCAAGGGUACUGUGGGUCUUUUCAGCAGGAGGAGGCCCCCUUUAUUAGAACAAGUGCCUACAAAACUGGCCAAAUGAGUCCUUCCUCAGCCCUGCACCAGGGUUCCUGAGUGUGUCUGGACAUCUCAUAGCCAAGGCUGUCUAGUGGCUAUCGGGGUAUCAAAUGUGUCCUAGGAUAAGAGGUGGCUUGACUUUCGAAUGUAAACUUGUGCCUUAGCAUCAUCCUGUUCUGUUCUUCUGGGGGCAACUGGUGGUGACCAGGAGAGUAGACGCCUCCUCCACACGUAGCUGCCUGUUCAGGCUUUUGUUUGAUGGGAUGGGGGGCGCCUUUCUUCUGCUCUGCAAGUUGUGAGGCAAACUAGCAUCCCAAGAGACUCUCGCCAUGGUGUACUGGCAGUUUACACAAACUCAGCUUCACAGCUCCCAGAUAGAAUCUCAUUGGCAAUCUCCAGCUGCAGCACAUGGAGCUGGGACACCACUAUCUUGAAUAGGUGUCAGUGCCACUGAACUGACGGAGCAGAGCACAUGGCUUCCUCUUGUGGGAGAGCAGUGGUCUAGACCAGGAAGUGAGCUUGGCCUCCCUCUUGCUCUCCACUCCAAGGCGGCACAGUCGGCCUCUCUUGAGCACUCUAAAACACCUUAACCACAAGAGGGAAAGACCUGGUUGUAUCUCAGCCCCACCAGCAGGCUGUCUGGCCUUUCCCCUGCUCUGCGCCAGCCCUAGCAAGCAAGGUUCCUUAGCAAGUUCCUAAUGCACUGAUGGAGCCAUUCCGGGAAGGACGUGACUCCCUCUGGACUUCAGAUGCCUCUGUUGGCAGGAAAAGGCAUUGAUUGGGUUGGAUAUAUUUAUGUGACUGCGGGCAUUCGUGGCUGUAGAUCCUUGACCAUAACAUUAUAUGUAAUGGGAACUAUCUUAUAAACUUGAAAAAAUAAAAUUUUUAUUUUCUAUACA